AUGACUACCAGUAAAAGAACGACUCCGAUCCCAAUUACACUACUUUCAGGUUUUCUUGGAUCCGGUAAGACAACGCUUUUGCAAAAAAUCUUAACGGCAGACCAUGGUUAUAAAGUCGCUGUAAUCAUCAAUGACAUGUCUGAGAUCAACAUCGAUUCUGCUUUGAUCCAAAACAACAGGGUUUGCCAAAAGGAGGAAAAAUUGAUCCAGCUGCAAAAUGGCUGCAUCUGCUGCACUCUGCGUGGUGACUUGCUAGAAGAACUUGUUCGUGUAUGCGAAAUGGGGGACAUCAACUACAUUAUUAUCGAAUCGACCGGUAUUGCAGAACCCAUGCAGGUGGCCGAGACAUUUGCCCAGGAGUUUUCAGACAUCCUUUUGAACAUGCCCGGUGGCAUUGCCGAAGAAGAAGAAGCCAUCUUGAAAAAAGUGUCACAAAUGGGAGGACUUCAAGCCCUUGCCAAGAUUGACACCUGUGUCACGGUCGUUGACGCCUUGAACUUUUUAUCCAACAUCAACACUACCAAGUUCCUAGCAGACAGAUGGGGUGAUUCUGGUCAGGGUGAGUCUGAACGUACCAUCACCGACCUCAUGGUCGACCAGAUUGAGUUCAGUAACCUCGUCAUCCUUAACAAGAAGAGUUUGGUGGGCAAAAAGAAGCUGCAGAAGAUCAAAAAGAUGAUCCAUGUCUUGAACCCGCUUUGUAAAAUUGUGACGACAGACUAUUGCGAUAUCCCACUCAAGUCUGUGCUCAACACCGGUCUCUACGAUUUCGAAAAGGCGUCUACUGCCGCCGGUUGGUUGCAGAGUAUCAACGAAAUGACCGUGGUCGAAGGGUUUGGUGACAAAAAGCGGAAAAUCCUGUCCCCCACACCGGAGACUGUAGAAUACAACGUGAACAACUUUGUUUACCGCCAACGAAGACCAUUCCAUCCACAAAGGCUGUAUGAAGCUCUAAGUAGUAAAUUCAUGGUCAUCGAACAUGCCGGUGGUGAAGGAUUUCCUGGACAAGGCGAAGACGGAGACGAAGAAGAGGAAGACGACGAUGAGGAGGAUGAAGGUAACGACGACGACGAGGAGGAAGAAGAAGACGAAGAGGAUGGUGAAGACGGUGAAGAGCUCAGUGAGGCACAAAUCAAUGCUAACAGAGCCAAUUCCUCUUUUGGAUCUGUCCUCCGUUCUAAGGGAUUUAUCUGGCUUGCAACUAGAUUUAUCGUCAGAGGUGAAUGGUCUAGUGCAGGACCCGUGCUCACAGUGAAAGGUGGACUACCUUGGUUCGAUUUUUCGGGUUUGGAUGACGUCCCACCAGAAGCUAUUGAACUUAUCAAGAAAGACUUUGAAAAGCCUUACGGUGAUCGUCGUAACGAAUUGGUUUUCAUUGGAAUUGGCCUUAACGUCAAAGCUAUAACCAAGGAAUUGGAUGCCUGUUUGUUGGACGACAAAGAGUUCGAAUUAUAUCAAAAGACCACGAAGGGCAGCAACGCUCUAGAGAUCGACCAAGAAUGUACCAAGAUCUGGGACGAUGGUUUCGAAGAUUGGAUGACAUUUGCUGACGUUGAUGAGGAAGAGGAAGAGGAAGAGGAAAACGACGAGAAGAAAUCAUAA